UUUCUUGACAUAGAACAGCUCGAAGCAAAAUGGACGUUCUUUAAAUGACACCAAUAGCCGAAAAUUCGAAUUAAAUUAUCAGUAAAUACAAGUGUGCAACAUGUCGUACGUAAACAAGAAGAUCAGGGCCUUCCGAGAAGCUGGUGAUAUCGAAGUCCAGCGAAAACGGUCCGACGGACGCAUGAAAUCGUAUACUUCGGCUACGGACGCCAGAGCUUGGUGCGGCAGUACAGAAGACCGAAGGCAACAUAUUUUAGAUUUAAUUAGACAAGGGGAUGGGAAGGGCUUAUCUUUAGGAAAGUACAUACCCAUAGAGGCAAUCAUCGACAUUCUACUAGCCAACAAGAACGCGGACAUUAAACGCCUACAGCAAGAGAUCGACGCGCUUAAGAAAUUACUGAAGGAGCACGGUAUUGAGUACGAAGAGAAACCUGUGGGUUUGAUUGAACCUGUGGCUAGUGCUGCAGGACCAGCUGGCGUAGGAGAGGAGGAACAAGGGGCAGGGGCGGGAGCAGGAGCAGGAGAAGAGGGGGAGGUAGGAGCAGGAGUAGAAGGGGCGGAAACAGAAAGAGCAGGAGGAGCCAGACUUGGUGAGCCUGCGACUGACACCACCGACGAGACCGGAGAAACCACUCCUUUUCUCACCGAUAUUAGCGAUUACGAUGACGACGAGAAAGCUGCUCAACAGUUGCUAGCCGGAAAAUCACCCGAUGAUCAAGUUUUAGCCCUAAAGCAAGCACUAGCGGACGCAGAAGCUUUCUAUCAAGACGAACACGCUCUAGCUCUCGAGGCAAUCGAACAAUUAGAAUGUAUCAAAGAUAUCGUGAAUGAUGAAGAAUGUAAGAAAAGAACGACUUCGCCUCCACCAUCGAAAAUCCCAGUCCAGUCCACAAGAAAAAGUACCCAUUUCGAUGCUCAACCAAGCAGCGCAACUCCUGAUCUUUGUAAAGACGAAAUCAAAUCUCUCGAACGCGAAAUAGAAUCUAUGAAAUCAAGAUCGUCCCCUGAUACAGAAAUCAUACAGCGAGAAAUCGCAGUUUUGAAGAAAUACUGCUCCCAACUUGCUGCCAUUCAAAAAGAAAACGCCGAACUAAAGAAAGAACGGGACAUGUUGAAAGACGGUCUAACUGCUAAGGAUAACAUGAAAGACAGAAUGAACAAGCUAGACGAAAUCACCAAAGACAGAGAUCGUUUAAGGGCUCGAGUCCAAGAACUAGAAAAAGAACUCUCUAAAUACAGCAACCUACCUUCACAAGUUGACGCAUUCAAAGACAAGACUCAAGCCCUUGAAGGUCUCAAAACCGACGAAAGCGACCUCAGAAAACGACUCGAUCGUCUCAAGGGUCUGGAAGACGAAGUCAAAAAGCUUCGCGAGAAGUGUAAGAAAUGCGUCGAACCCGCCGGAGACAGUGCCGAAAAAGACAAACUGCUGGCCAAAAUCGCCCAAUUGGAAGCAGAAGCCGAGGACUGCAGGUGCAAAAUGAAAGAAAUGGACAUCAUGAAAGUCGAACGGAAUUGUCUGAAGAUGCGAUGCGAAGAUUUGCGUAAAAUCCAAGACGAUUACGAGGAGCUACUGAAGAAAACGCAAGGUUUUGACGCUCUUAAAGCCGAAUGCGCGAUGUACAAGUCCAAGUACGAGGAGCUGAAGAAUCUGGAGAGCGAAUGCAACGAACUGAGAGCUAAAGUGCAGAGGUGCGAGGAGCUGGAAAAAGAAAGGCAGCUUCUGAUGAAGGAGAUCGAGGACUGUGAGUGCUGCAUGAACACCCAGGACGACGAAAUCAAGAGACUGGCUUGCCAUAUUGACUGUUUGACACAGGAGCUGGAUAAGCGACAGGAAGACAUGAAAUACAAAGUGUUGACGAUGCGGGCUGAUUUAGAGAAAAAAGAUACUCUUAUAGAGAAAUCGGAACAACAGCUGGCGGAUGUUCAAGACCAGUUGCGGAAUUCCAUCGAGAAUCUUUCGUGCGGUACAACGUGUUUGCGCACGCACAUCGAAGAACUCGAGACGGAAAUCAGCGAAUAUCAGAAGAUUUUAAAAACGAAAGACGACGCCUAUAAAUCGCUUGAAACAAAGUAUAAUUCAAAUAACACUAAUUUAGUCAGUAUAGAAAACGAACGGAAAAAUAUGGAAAACACUAUAACCUCCCUUCAGGAAAACAACAAGGCUUUACUUGAUAAGGUCGACUCGGAGAAAAGCACCAAUUCCAAGCUAGAAGAAGCGCUCCGGAAGGCCAUCAAAAGCGACGAACACUUGAAGCAGAUGCUCAAGCAGGCCAAGUGUGCGAUUAAAUGCAUCACGCAGAAGCUCGAAAACCACGACCUGAUCGGCGUGGGCCGACUGGAGGCAGAAAGAGAGAAUUAUCUCAAGAAAAUUAAAGAACUGGAAGAAGGAAUGGCAGAGGGACAAAGACCUCGUGGUGACGAAAGGAUAGCAGAGUUAGAAGAAGAACUGACGAAGUGCAAUGCGAACAAUAAAUGUAUGCGUGACACUCUAGAUCAACUUAAAGGAGUGAUGGACGAGAACGACAAUCUGCGACAAAUCAUCACGCAACUUCAAGAAACCGCCAAAACUCAAGUCACCAAACUGGAAGACACCAACGAAACUCUAUCCAAAAAAAGUCACGAAGCUGAAGAUAAGUGCGGCGAACUUAGAGACCGUGUAAGUCAGAUGCAAAAAAUGCUUGAAGAGAAAGACGGCACAAUCCAAGCGCAACGUAACGAAAUAAAACGCCUGAAAGAACAGUUGGACAGAGAAGGUGUGAAGCACGAAGUUCUGCAAGAUGCCGUAGAACGCUUAUCUGCUUCUAGUGAGCUAGAUGCUUCCGAAAUGAGUAAACUGAGAGGGCAGUUAGACGUACUACAUGCCGAAAACAGUCGACUUAACUUCGAUUUAGAAAAUCAAAAAAGGGAGUGCGAAGAAACUGUGAAGCGACUGAAAUUAAAGAUAAAGGAAUUGAACGAAACUGACGAAAAAAUUAAAUCGCUGCAGGACUCGAAAGAUGAUACAAUGACUGACGCAGAGAAGUUUAAAAUGGAGAGUCAGUUAUUGCGCAACGAACUAGCUAAAAUGAGAGACCAACGUGACGAAUGUGAAGCAGAGAUGAGUAAACUUAAAGCCGAAUUAGCUGCGAAAACAGACGAGUUGAAUAAACUCAAAGCAGAAAUGGCGGCACCGGACGGUGAAAUGGAAAGAAUCAACAGAGAAAACGCACUUUUGAAAGAGCAACUCGCUAAAGCGAAAGGCAUGAAGGAGAAGAGUGACUCCGAAUUGGGGAAACUCAAAGACGAUCUGCUUACUCAGAACGACUUAGAACUAGAAAACAAGGACCUGAAAGACCAACUGAAUAAACUCAAACAAGACCUUGACAGACUGGGUGAGGAAAACAAAAACUACCGCGACACAAUGGACAAAAUGAAAGAACUGGCAGCUGCGAAACAAGCGCUCCAAGACGAAAAUGAAAAUCUUAAAAAUCAGCUGAACAACCUGACAAAGGGUCCAACCGAUCAAAGCGAUCUUGACAACGAAAAUAAAAAACUCAGGGAUGAGAUUGAAAGGCUGAAGCAAAGCGCAGCCGAUAGAGGGGCCACAGAAGUCGUAAGCGAGAAGCCCCGGGAAGAAAUAACUACAGUGAAAGAAGGUGCAGCAGAUACAGAAGCUCUCCAGGACGAGAUAAAAAGACUGAAAGAAGCUGCAGGAGAUAAAGGAGCUCUCCAAGACGAGAUAAAAAGACUGAAAGAAGCUGCAGGAGAUAAAGGAGCUCUCCAAGACGAGAUAAAAAGACUGAAAGAAGCUGCAGCAGAUAAAGAAGCUCUCCAAGACGAGAUAAAAAAACUGAAAGAAUCUGCAGCAGAUAAAGAAGCUCUCCAAGACGAGAUAAGAAAACUGAAAGAAGCUGCAGCGGAUAAAGAAGCUCUCGAAGACGAGAUAAAAAAACUGAAACAAGAACUAGCUGCUAAAGGUGUCGCUGUUAAAGACGACAAAAAAGAGGAAGAGUUCGCCAGAGAAAAAGAGGAUCUGCUGCGCCAAAUCGAAGCACAAAAGAAAGAAAUCUUCGACUUAAUCAACAAAAUGAAGGAGCCUGCGAAAACAGAAGACACCUCACUAGUCGAAGAAUUGGCAAAGAAAAGUCAAGAAAUGGAUAAACUUAGAUCCACCGUUGACGAUCUAGAGAAGAAACUUAAAGAUUGCGAGAACGUGAACAAAGAAAACGAGAACCUGAAAGCGAGUAACGCAGAUCUUGAAAAAAAACUGAAAGAGUUAGAAAACGCGAACAAAGAAAAUGACAGUCUGAAAGCCGCCAACGCAGAUUUAGAAAAGAGACUGAAAGACUUACAAUCCCAAGGAUCUACGGACACCCAAGACGUGAACAAAGAACUCGAGAAAAUGAAAACGGCCAAAGAAGAUUUGGAGAAGAAACUUAAAGAUUUAGAAAACGCGAACAAAGAAAACGACAAUCUGAAAGCGAGUAACGCAGAUCUUGAAAAAAAACUGAAAGAGUUAGAAAACGCGAACAAAGAAAAUGACAGUCUGAAAGCGGCCAACGCAGAUUUAGAAAAGAGAUUGAAAGACUUGCAAUCCAAAGGAUCUACGGACGCCCAAGACGUGAACAAGGAACUCGAUAAGAUGAAAACGGCCAAAGAAGACUUGGAGAAGAAACUUAAAGAUUUAGAAAACGCGAACAAAGAGAACGACAGCCUGAAAGCGGCUAACGCGGACUUGGAAAAGAGGUUGAAAGACUUGGCGUCCAAAGGGGAUGCAGAAGCCUCGAACAAAGAAAUCGAACGACUGAAAGCCGCUAACGCAGAUUUGGCGAAGAAACUGGCAGAUUCAGAGGCCGCAAAGAAAGAACUCGAAAAUCUGAAAGCGGCUCAGGCAGAUUUGGAGAAGAAACUGAAAGAUUCGGGCGAGCAGAAAGUCGCGGGUGCCAAAGACGCAGACAAAGAAAUGGAAAAACUGCGAGCCGCUAACGCGGAGCUAGAGAAGAAGUUGGCGGAUCUAGAAAACGCGAAGAAAGAAAUCGAGAGACUGAAAGCCGCUAAUGUUGAUCUGCAGAAGCAGGCGGGAGAUUCUGGCGCGAAGACAUCAAAGGAUCUAGAAAACGCGAACAAGGAAAUCGAGAGACUGAAAGCCGCUAAUGCCGAUUUGCAGAAGCAAGCGGGAGAUUCUGGCGCGAAGACAUCUAAGGAUCUAGAAAACGCGAACAAGGAAAUCGAGAGAUUGAAAGCUGCUAACGCCGAUCUGCAGAAGCAGGCGGGAGAUUCUGGCGCGAAGACAUCUAAAGAUCUAGAAAACGCGAACAAGGAAAUCGAGAGACUGAAAGCCGCUAAUGCCGAUUUGCAGAAGCAGGCGGGAGAUGCUGGCGCGAAGACUUCAAAGGAUCUAGAAAACGCGAACAAGGAAAUCGAGAGAUUGAAAGCUGCUAACGCCGAUCUGGAGAAGAAAUUGGCAGAUGCGGCGACACCGACGAAGCCUGGGGAUCAAAACCAGGAAAUCGAACGGUUGAAAGCGGCUAAUGCAGAUCUGGAGAAAAAAUUGGCAGAUGCGGCCAGACCGACGACGCCUGGGGAUCAAAACCAGGAAAUCGAACGGUUGAAAGCGGCUAAUGCCAAUCUGGAGAAGAAAUUGGCAGAUGCGGCGAGACCGACGACGCCUGGGGAUCAAAACCAGGAAAUCGAACGGUUGAAAGCUGCUAAUGCAGAUUUGGAGAAAAAAUUGGCAGAUGCGGCCAGACCGACGACGCCUGGGGAUCAAAACCAGGAAAUCGAACGGUUGAAAGCGGCUAAUGCCAAUCUGGAGAAGAAAUUGGCAGAUGCGGCGAGACCGACGACGCCUGGGGAUCAAAACGCGGAAAUCCAAAGAUUGAAAGCGGCUAAUGCAGAUCUGGAAAAGAAACUGGGAGAGUUAGACGCGAAAAACAAAGAAAACGAGAGACUGAAAUCCACUGUUGACAGCUUAGAGAAACAACUUAAAAACUUAGAGAGAAUUAAGAUAGAUAUUCCGAAGGGAUCGCCCGAAAUUGAAAAAGUAGUGAAGGAUCUGCAGGAUAGUCUAGAGAGGGAGGAUGCGAGAGCGCGCCAGUUAGAAGACUCUUUGAAGGAAUGUCGGGAUACCAACGAAAGUCUGAAGAAGAGAAUCGCUGAAUUAGAAGCGGGUCAAAAGAUGGCCGCUGGUGAAGUUGCAAAGAAACCAGAACCGGUUGCAAAGCAACCAGCCGCUGGUGAAGUUGCAAAGAAACCAGGACCGGUUGAAAAGCAACCUGUGAAAGCUGCUUCCGCAGUUAAGCAACCCAUUGGUGGCGUUGACCAAAAAGUUAAAGAUUUGGAAGACCAGUUGGCUAAACAGAAGCAACAGUGCAACGACAUGAUUGCUUCGUUGAAGGAGCAAUAUGAUAGAGAUAUCAAAAAUCUACAGCAACAGAAUGAAGCUGCAAUAAAUAAACUACAAGCGGCACACAAAGACGCUCUGGAUAAUUUGGCCCGAGAGCACGACGGUGCUGCUAAAGUACUUAAAGACGAACUGCGGGACAAGGAAUCGAGUUUGAGCAAGCUAACGGAUAAGGGCAAGAUUUCUAGAGAACCGUCGAUAAAAGAGGACAAGAUGAAGACUUUAUCGACCAAAACGUUCGAAGACACGUGCAUUUGCGGAAAACUACCCAUGGUAAUACCACUGUCGACAGCCACCAUGACCCCAGAAAAAGACCGUCGGCAGCAACAACCGAGACCAUACAAGGCACCACGGGGUUUUACCUCCGAAUAUGUUAUACCUUCACAGUUUUUCAUACCCACGAUGGCGCCGUCUACACCAUCGCCCAAACCGGUUGCAACCCGAUCUAUAAUAAAGUACGAGAGUACUUUGCCUGCAGGCAAAGAAGAAAAAGUUUCAUCGAUUAAGAAAAUCGUGGAAUUAGAAAACCGGCUUUUGGUGAAACAGGAACACACAAAGCAGAAAAUUACUUUGCUGCAAGACACCGUGGAUAAGUUCAAGCGGGAGCUGGAGUUGGAAAGGCAGAGGAACGGCGACCUCAUCAACAGGUACACGAAUCAGUCCAAGACUGUUGCCAACAUGAAGAUCGAGAUGGACCUCGUGAAACGGGAAAACCAAGCAGAAAAGCUCAAACUGCAGCAGCUGAAUAUGACGCUGCGAAAUAUGUUAGGGUGUCCCUACCGCAUGGGUUGCUGUACGCGCAGAAUGGAAGUUAUGGCUAGGCCGACCACUAUACCUCACUUCCACACAGAGCUAACCGUAGUGAAAGACAACAGUAACAAGUUCAAACAUAGUUGUGCUAUGAGAAAGGGAGUGUGCAAUCUUGAAAUGGGAGACAAAAGCUCCGACUCUUUUGAGAUAGAUGAGUGAUUUGAUUGUGUUGUUUUUAUUCAUAUUAUGGAAAAUUGUAUUGUGAUGUACUGUACAA